AUGUCAGUUUUCUCUGAUAGAUCAUCAAAUAGAAGAUAUCCCAGACAAAAUAUAAGAAGUUCCAGAAGUCAAGGAAGAGCUUAUGAUCAUGAAGAUUCAGAAAGAUCAUUUCUUGUACAGAAAUUUUCUGCUCUCAAUUCAGAGGGACCAACAAUAGAUGUAGAACAAAGAGAUCAAUGGGGUGAUAAUACAACAGUUAUGACUGGAAAUACAUCAGAACAUUCUUAUGUUAUUAAGGCAAAUGAAUAUUACUCAAAACCAGUAUCAAAAACGCCUACAAGAAUAUGUUCAAGAAUAGCAUGGUUAGGUUCAGCAUCAAUUUUAUCACUUUUUGCAAUUUUUUCACCUAUUAUUAUGAUUCUUUUACCAUAUUCUCUUAGUUAUAUGGAAAUUGAUACUUCUCCUAAUUUAGAAUGUGAAAUUGAUUGUCAAGGAACAUUAAUAACUUUAUUUGUUAAAGUUUUUCUCCUUAUUUUAGCAUUAUCAGCAAUAUUUUGGAGGAAGGGUAAUUCAAAUCUACCAAGAAUUUAUGUAGCAAGAGCAUCACUAGCAAUGUGUGUUGUCUUUAUUCUUAUUGCAUUUUGGCUUUUCUUUGUAGUUCGUGUUAUUCUAGACAAAGAAUCAAAUUAUAAAUUUAUUGUUAGUUUUUCUUUAUCAUGUUUAGAUUGUUUACUUUAUAUUCAUUAUGUUGCUGUUUUAUGGUUAAUUAUUCGUAAGGUAAAACCUGAAUUUAUGGUAACAAUUACCAGAGAUCCUGAUGGUGAGUCAAAAUCUUUUGUUAUUGGUAAAAUGACAAUACAAGAAGCUAGUGAACAAAUUAUAAGAUAUUAUUUAUCAAAUUUUCCUUCAUAUAAUCCUCAUUUUGAUAAACAACUAAGAGAAGUUGGACGUUUUAAAACACCUGGUCCAGCUAAUACAUCAGGUUUCAAAGUAUAUAAUAUUGAUGGAACAGGUGAUGUUAAUAUAGGAAUUCCUGAAGCUAAUGCUCAUGCAAUUAUUGAAGCAGCUGCUAGAAGAAGAAAUGGUGGUUAUAGUGAAAUGCUUCAUGAAGAAUUAGAAAUUGAAAAAAGAAUAAGAAAAAGAAAAAUGAAAUUAAUAUGUUCAACAGAAGAAGCAUUUACAGGUGUACGUUUUGCUGCAAGUAUAACACAACCAAAUAUGAAUGGUGAACAAAUGAGUACCCAUGAUGCUGCUAAAACAGUAUUUUCUAUAAUAGCAAGACCAUUAAAUAAAUACCUUCGUUUAAUGCGUCGACAACCACAACAUCGUGGUGGUGAUGAUAUUGUAAGAUAUAUUGAAAAAUGUUUAAUUUUAAAUUUGGGUCCAAGAACAUUUUUGCAAAAAUUUUUUAAUCCAAUAAUUAAAAAUAAGGAUGAAGUAUCUAAAUGGUCAAUAAUUUGUAAUAAAUGUGUUUCAAAUGGCCUUGAAAAUGAUUUACUUUUUGUUAUAAAAAGUCAUUCUAAUGAUAUUGAUGCUGGAGUACAACUUCUUUGUGAAAUAUCAAAAUUACCAUAUAUAAAUGUUACUGAACAAUCCGCAAAAAAAAGUAAACUUGAAAAUCAAAAGUACAAAACAGGUGUUCAUGUAGUUUGA